GACACAGUCUGUUUCUAUGACAACUAACUAUGGUAACCCUAUCGCAGCAAUUUUCAUCAUGUUAUAUACGUUAAUUUAGAAAACUGAAGCAUGUCUUUCGAUAAAACUGUUGUCCAUUUUCCUUCUAUCACCAGUAACCACUCCAGCCAGAGUCACAGUUUUUACAAAUCACAAACAUACAGUGAUAAAUUAUAUGUGUAUUACCGAAUUCGCAACAGUUUGCAUCAGCUGCCAAUUCCAUCUGCACUGAAGCCUUAUUGUGAUAGAAGAACGGGAGAACUUGACACAUGGCCCUGUAGUUUUGGCACUUUAAGUGAGAACAGAAUAAAUACCAUUCUGACAAAGAGUAAAAGCCUGUUGUUUUUGGAAGAUAGGAGUCACAGAAGAUAUGGUAGAACUGGAAAGGCUAAGCUUCUUGAGGAAUUAGAAAGAUAUCUGCAAGAUGAAAUUGCCGCAUUAGGAGGACUGACAAAUAUUGAUUUCAUUGAUAGUUUCAAGAUUCACCAGAGAGUCUUUGACUAUUUGAUUGAGAAAUUUGUAACAUAUAAACCAUUGCUGUUGCGUAUAAAAAAUCAAUAUGAAGUGGCUUUUGAUAAAUUAAUAGCGGAAAUUGAAUACCUGAAGCCACUCAAAGCUAAAAUGAUUCAAAUAGCCAAAGAGUAUGAAGACAAAUUAGAAGAUGCUAUUACAACUGAAAAGCCAGAAUUAGUACAAUUGCACAAGCAGAAUGAAAUGCUACGUGCAAAAAUUGGUUCUCUGCUGACACUGAAGGAAGAAACAGCAUUGAAGAAAGACAACCUGGUAGAUGAAAUAAAAGAAAUGUAUGGAAAAUAUCGGGACACAUUUGAUUCUUGCAGACUGUUAAUGAGGGAUAUCAAAACGCUGGAAGCAAAAAGUGACCCACUCGAGGUAAUAGAUGUAGACUUAGAAAUGCCAGAGAAAGAGGAACCUGAAGAAGAUAUUAAAACUUUGAAAAUCAUCCUAAAAAUGUCCACAGAAAGUGCUGAGGCAAUGGAAGAAAAUUUGCAGAAGAUAAUGUAUGAAUAUGCCCAUCUGGUGCCACGACGGGACAUUGUAGCACUUGAAAAGCAGUAUGAGGCAAUAAGAAAAAAGAAGAUUCAGUUAUUAAAGGACAUUGAACAACUGAGAAAAGAAUAUAACAAUUCUCGAGAUGUUAACAACAAAUUGGCAGAAGAAAGAAAUGAAUGUAUAGCUCAAUGCCACAAUCUUUCACAAGCAACAACAAAUCUUCCAUGGCAGAAGUCUCUUGAUUACACAACACUUAUAAUAGAAGAUAAUAAAAACACUCAUGAACAAUUAUUGAAGAUUUUGGAACAAAUGAAGCAAAAUGGAGCUAGGAUGAAUCAAAUUACUCUUCCCUUUAAAGGAAAGGGUUUUGACAAAAGUGUUCCAAUUUUUCUGCGGCAUGAGGGAAAAGUAUUCAACAGAGCAAUGAGCAGAAGGGAGUGUGCUCUCCUGAUUAACUCAAUUUGGAAAGAGAGAAUAAAUGAUCCUAAUAAGGAAACACAGAACUUAUCCAAGUUUGUGCAUGUCUUUCUCUGCCAAAAUUACCCAAUAGAAGCAAUGCGCAUUGAAUGGGCCUAUAAUUUAUAUGAUAGUUGUUCAUAUAUGUCUCAAUGGAACGAAAAUCUCAAACUGUUUUGGGAAAUUCUGAACAAUGAGAUCGAUGAAGGCAUUUACCACUCUGAGCUAUUAGUCAUAUCAACAUUACUCACCUACCUGCGAAACUCCAAUGAAGCAUUGGAGAAUGAUACAUUUACCAGGAGUGAAUUUCAACAGGUCUUAACUAGUUUCUUCAGUUUGAGUCCACCUGAAACUGUGACAGAAUUUAUUGAAGCUGCCAGUAAAGAACUGCAAUGCGAAGAUAACUUCCAGUAUGAGCAGUUAUUCACUGAGGAUGAUGAAGGCAACUAUGGUAUAUUUUUAAGUGCCAUUCGAGAAUAUGUAAGAAAAGAGAGAAUGCAAUUUGUGGAGAAAGUGAAAGCUGAAACGGCAGAUAAACAUAUUUCAGUGAAAGAUCUUGAAAAUAUUAUUCUGAAGAUAGAGCCUGAAAUGAACAGCCAUUCAGUUGAGAAGAUACUGCAUUGGGUCUUUAAGGCAACAGAAGAAACCUUGCCAAAAGCUGAAGAUCUGCCACAAGCUGAUGUUCUGUCACGACUCAAAAAGGCUGAUAUUAAAUGUUCUGUAUUUAAUAUUGUCUGAGAAAUAUUCUCUUCUGUUGUUCUUGUACAUAUAAGACUUGAAAUACUCUUCGACUUUAAAAUCAUCAAAUCAUAAAAUGGUGUAACUUUUUAAAUAAAUAUAUUUUUUUAGUUGGUUUA